AUGCCCAGCCAAGGCUUUGGCAGUGGCCAGUGUGGCUCAUAUACAGCCAUGUUUUCGAAGGGCUUCCUGUGGGCAGCCUGCUCCAAGCUCAGUUCGGCUAGUGUCCUGAGAGAAGAAGUGCCAACCACAUCACGCCACAUCGCUAACAGUCCUGACCCCUGGGAUGUGGAGGAUAAAUCCACGAAAAUUUACCAUGGGAAAGUGAAGCGCUCCCCCUCAGGUGGCAGGGAGCCCAAGCGCUUCUGCAUGUCAUACCAAAUUGACACAUUCAUUGAAGGGCUUGAGAACUCUUUCACCACCUCCGCCCAGUGCUUGCGUGACUUGGAACAACACAUGCAAGAGAAGGAUGAGCGGCAGAUGCAGCAGGAAAAAGAGCGGCUGGCACAGGAGGAGGAGGAGCCAGACAUGGGGCAAUGGGAGGAGCUGCGCAUGCUGCAGGAGGAUCUAGAGUUCCAACCGAGAGUGGUGCCUGAGGAACAGCAGGUGCAGCCCCACGUCUUGCCUCUUCAAAUGGGAGCUGAGCAGCAAGCCUCUAGCAGCAAUGAAGAUAAUGACUCUGACAACUGGGAAGAUGAGAGUUCCAGCAUUUCUCCUGCAGAGCAACAGGGGGCUGUUUCAUCCAGUAGCUCUGACUCUCUUCCCGCCUCCCCCUUGUCACAAACAUCACCUGUAAGACCUUUAACCGACUUCAACACCGAGGAGCUCGUACAACUGUGGCUAGAGUUACCAGCCUCACAGGCUGCCUGCUCAGAGCUGAACAAUUUGACUGCCAGUGAUGAGAGCUCCUCUCAGGAGCAGGUCGCCUGGCAGCAGCAGGUCGAGGAACAUGAGGAAGCAGCACCCGAAGCAGAAGACCAGGGCUCCACUGCAAACCUGCCUAGCGAGAGACCCUUCUUCUCCUUGAGGAAUUAUAGUUUGAGCAGUGUGCUGCGCCAGUGGGAUUCUGUUCCCCACCCAUGAGAGGAAGUUUGGGAGAGGCAGGGGG